AUGAAAUUGUUUACUUUCAUCAUCGCACUCUUCUAUAUUAUAUCUAGCGCUUGCGCGAGCCAGGAGCCCGGCAAGUUCGAAAGAUAUCAGUCUCUCUCUCGAUCCGUUCCCAUUGAUUUGGAUGACUCUUCUUAUGAGGACUUGACAUCAAAACCUCGAGACUACCACGUUGCGGUACUUUUGACAGCUGCUGAAGCUCGCUAUGGGUGCAUCUUAUGUCGCGACUUUCAGCCAGAAUGGGAGCUCAUAUCGCGAAGUUGGAACAAAGGUCCCAAACCUGAUGGCCUAAAAAUGCUUUUCACCACCCUUGACUUCAGCAAUGGUAAAGCAACUUUCCAAAAGGGGGGCGGAAAGCUAAUGCUCCAAACUGCGCCGGUUCUUCUUGUGUUUCCUCCAACUGUUGGCCCCUUUGCUAAAGUUGAUGAUGCACCCAUUAGAUUUGAUUUCAGUGGUCCAAUCUCUGCUGACCAGCUUUACGUGUGGAUCAAUCGUCAUCUUCCGGAGGGACCGAAACCAUCUCUUAUUCGUCCCAUUAACUACAUGCGACUCAUUUCCGCGGUGACAAUUGUAAUGGGUGUCUUAACCUUAUUCACCGUUCUGUCACCGUAUGUUUUACCGGUCAUACAGAAUCGAAACUUGUGGGCCGCAUUCAGCUUGAUUUCUAUACUAUUAUUCACAAGCGGCCACAUGUUCAAUCACAUCCGCAAAGUGCCAUAUGUUGUUGGCGACGGCAAAGGUGGCAUUAGCUACUUCGCGGGUGGGUUCUCAAAUCAAUUUGGAAUGGAGACGCAAAUCAUUGCUGCCAUCUAUGCCAUCCUUUCCUUUGCGACAAUAGCACUCGCGAUGAAAGUUCCCCGUAUCGCAGACAGUAAAGCGCAGCAAGUGGCUGUGCUAAUCUGGGGAACUGUAUUAUUUGGUAUGUACAGCUUUCUUCUGAGUGUCUUCAGGGCCAAAAAUGGCGGAUAUCCUUUCUUCCUGCCUCCGUUCUAG